AUAUUGGAGCGAAACAAGUCAGCGAGAUUCCGUCAGCCAUUUCCAACAUCCAAAAAGCUUGGACUUUUUCGUGGAUUCUGACAGCAACAGGAGUAAGAUUCCAAUACAGGUACCUUUCGAACCCUUUAAAGUAGUUUUCAACAAGUACUGUGUGCUGCAUUAUGCCAUUUGUGUGGGUGUAGUAGGGUAAUUUGGGAAAAAAAAUUAGGAACCCUAAGAACAGUAAAAUGGGUUAAUUUGUAAUUAAAGUUGAAUUUGAUUAAAUUAAGUAUGAUUUGGUGUAAUGUGUGAAUUAUUUAGUUUAAAUCAUUGAUUUUAUUGACUGUUGACUGGUUUGUCAUUGUGUUGGUUUAAAUAUGUUUGAUUUUGUUGAUUAAAGUAUUGCGGUUGACUGUGUAAUGGGGUUAGCUAUGUUGGGUUUUAUUGAUUUGCUUUGCAUUUGUUUAUUAGGUAGAAAAAUGGCCGACAACGAAGAUGGAUUAAUUGAUAUAGUAUUUAGAGUAGGGGGUGCUUUUGUUACUAAACAAGUGUCAAAAUCAAAGCAUUUGCUUUGUUGGUGUGGUGGGUUAUGUUAUUGGAGGAGGGAUGUGGUAGUGGAUAAGAUAGAUUUGCAUUAUUUGAGGGUAGCUGCUGUGCAUGGGUUUGUGAACUUUAAUGUCCAUGUCCCACCUAACUACAGACUUUGGUAUAAAGAAAGAGGUAGGACCUUUAACACAGGGAGAAGGGAGUUGUAAAUGAAGAGGAAGUGAAGGGGCUGCUGGAGACAGUGAAUGGGGAAGGGUAUGUUGAAGUAUUUGUGACUGCUAAUGAAACAUUAAGGCCCAUACAUGAGAUCCAGGCCCAGUCCACUCCAGUAAAGGCUGAGAGAAAGGGGAAGAAAAGUUCAGGUAAGCCUGCUGUAGUUAGGAAGAGCCCAAGAAUUAACAAAAAUGAGCCUAAGGUGAGGGAGGGUGAAGAAUCUCCUAAACCUAGAUCUAGACAGGGGAUAGAAAGGGUUGAAGGGGUUUCUGCUGAGAUUAAGGGGGUUCCUGGUAAAGGGAAGUUGUUGAGUAAGGGGAAACAAAAGGGUAAAGCUAAGCUUGAAAGGGGUUCUGGCAGUGUGAAGGUGUUGGAUAAGGGAAAGGGAAAAAAAAUCUGUAUGCAAAGGAUUGAUUUUUGAGGAUAGUAGUGAGGGCAGUGAGACUGGGAGGGAAGAUGAUUUUUCUUCAAGUGAUGGGAGUGAUAUUGACAUAACUUGGGAGCCUGGAGAGGAGGAGUAUGACAGUGGGGAUGAGAGGUGGUUUGUGCAGAAUUCUGAAGAAAUUUUAGCUAAGGUAACAAGAAGUCUUGGGAAGCAGUUUGAUGUACAUGAUGAGGGGGUUUCCAAGGAUCCAAAGGCAAGGUUGACAGAUAACUUGGAUGUGAAUGAGGUACAACUACAAGAAGAAAUUGAGGGAGAAUCAGAUGACCUAAGGAGCUUGGAUGGUUCAUCUGAUGAAGAGGACAAAAGUCCAUGGUUUAAUGACAAAUCUGACUUCUCAAAGCCUGUUGUACUUGUUCAUAGGCUUAGGUUUAGCAAUGCUACAGUGUUGAGGAAAGCUUUAAGAGUGCAUGCCAUACAGAAUAGGUAUGAGUACUAUUUUUUACACAAUGAUAGUACUAGGAUUACUAUUCAGUGUAGGAAUAGGUGUGGGUGCAAGUUUGACACAAAGACAAGUAGGAUGCCUUUGUGUAUAUGCAGGGGUGGAGUGAAGUGUAGUUUCAAGAUCCAUGCUACUAAGUUAAAAAGACAACAGACUUGGCAAAUAAAAACCAUGAAGUUGGAGCAUAAAUGUGUGAGAAGCAGGGAGAACAAGAAGUUCAGAACUAACCCAUCAUGGAAGGUUAAGCAAAUCAAGGAUAGGGUGCUUCAUGACUUGGGGGUAGAAGUGACCUACUACAGGGCUUGGAUGGCAAGAUGUAGAGCUAAGUUGAUCAUUUUUGGUUCAGCAAGAGAGCAAUAUGCUAGGGUAUGGGAUUAUGGGAAGGCUGUAAUGAAAUACAACCCUGGGUCUGGUUGUAAUGUUGUGAUUGAUGGCAUUGAAAAGCCUGAGCCUCCCUUGUUUAUGAGGAUGUUUAUUUGUUUAAGGCCUUUGAAGGAUGGGUUCUUGAAGGGUUGUAGGCCAAUUAUAGGGGUGGAUGGCUGCCACUUGAAAGGAGGUUAUCCAGGCCAGAUUUUAGUUGCAGUCUCCAAGGAUGGGAACAACAGCAUUUACCCCAUUUCUUGGGCAACUUGUGAGGUUGAAAACAGGGAGACUUGGGUCUGGUUUCUGGAAUCCUUGAUGCAAUGCAUUGGAAGUGCAGAUGGGGCAGGCUUCACCUUCAUGUCAGACAGGCAGAAGGGACUGGUUGAAGCUCUGUCUGAAGUUGUGCCUAAUGCUGAGACUAGGUUCUGUGUUAGGCACAUUUGGGCAAAUUUCAAGUUGAAGUUCACUGGAUCAGUUUUCAAAGAGCUCUUUUGGAGUGCUACAAGAGCAACAACAUUUGUUGAGUUUCAGAUAGCCAUGCAACAGAUUAGGGAGCUUGAUGAGGAUGCUUACAAUUAUUUGGAGAACAUCCCCACUCAUCACUGGUGCAGACAUGCAUUCAGUGACAGUUGCAGGUCCAACAUGUUACUAAACAACAUGUGUGAGACUUUCAACUCUGUUAUCAGAGAUGCAAGAGACAAACCUAUCCUCACCCAAAUGGAAUGGAUGAGGAGGUACAUGAUGAGGAGAAAUAAUGAGAAGUGGGAGGACUCCAAGGAAAUCACAACCAACAUCACUCCAUAUGUGCAUAAGCUAUUUCAGAGGAUGAGCUAUGUGGCUAGGAAUUGCAUAAUUGAAGCUGCCAGGGAUGACACUUAUGAAGUGCAGCUGAAUGAUGACCAGGCAUCCCAUGUAUUCAUGCAUUUGCAUGCAUAA